AUGCCCGAGACGUUAAAUCAAUUAGGCAUGAAAACAUUUAUAGACAUCGUGGAGCAGCAGCAAGAGCAGCAGCAGCAGCCCAGAAAAUCACCUGAAUGUGAUGUGUUUAGAGAUGUUCAGAGGUGUUUCAGAGUUAAAACAGUUCGCACCUACCCGUCCAGCCGCGUGUCCUCGGCGGAGCUGGAGGAGCGGCGGGCCAAGAAGUUGGAGCAAUCGGCCAGCGAGAGCGGAAGCGGUACCGUGGCGACGCCAAAGCAGGAGAAGGAGCAAGUAUCUUACAAUAUCCUUGACUAUCUCCAAAGCCGGGAAAACGGACUAAGCGAUCGGCACAUCGUAAAUGUAGAAAGCACCAGCCGCUGCGUGCUAACCCACAAUAUACUCCGCGAGAACCGCAUCGAGCUGGGCGACAUAGGCACGGUGAUUUGCUCCAAAUGGCUUAGCCAUCAGCAACUGAUCAUCGGGACCAGGUCCAACAAGCUGCUCGUCUACGAUCUGAACACGCGGCGGGUGGACAACAUCCCCACGGUAAUCGGCCAUGCCCAUACCGAGGGGCACUGGGGUGAUCAGCGGGCCAUCGAGCUGUCGCCCAGCCGCUCCUUUUUGGCCACUACAGUAGGCACAUACUCGACCGAAAUGGCAGUAUACCGGCUGCCAACGCUGGAACCCGUCUACGUGGCCGAGUAUGGGCACACCACCAAAAUAUCGGGCAUGACCUGGCUGGAUGAUCAUUAUCUGGUCUCCGGCUCCAGCGAUUCCGGCAUCGUUUUGUGGGGAAUGAUCGAUAACCAUCACACGGAGCCCCCGGAUAUUGACGAGGAGGCGGCGGCGUACCCGGACUUUGCCACAAUUUAUCUUAUCAAUCUCAUGAAACCUCCCCUCCAGGAGAUCAGUUCUCUUUGCUUCAAGAAGGAGUUCAAGGAGAUCGCCGCCGUCUCCACAAGCGGAUCCAUGCACAUCGUAAACUCGGAUACCUUCCAGCUGAAGCUCUCCCGCGAAGUGCCACACAGUCAGUACAAUACAGGCAUUGUCUUUCACAGCGACGGUCUGUAUGCCGUACGUUCUGAGGACUUUACUAUCCUGCUGGACGCGCGGACGCUUGAGACAGUCAAGGAGAUCACCCUCUCCCGCCGGGAGGGCCUAUUUCUGACCACAUCAAUAGAAGGGAAUAUUCUGACCACUGGAACGAGUGAGGGCAUGGUAAUGUUCUACGACAUCCGUGCCGCGAAGUUUUUGGAGAGCACUGUGGAUGCUUCGCGCCCCACUGCACUGAUGUGCAGCCCUACAAUUGCGAAAAACAGGGUGGGUAUGAAUCAUAUGAUCAGACCCUUCAUCUUCACCCACUGCUACGACAGCACCAGGAUGCGGAUCUUCGCAGCGGGCGGACCACACUCCAUCUUGCAGAGCAAUUAUGCGGCCGUUUGGAAAUAA